CUGGAAAACAACAGUGAGGGACGUGCACGUCCGAGACAGCCACCGGAAACCCCGAUUCGUCAGGAAUGUUUGACAGACAAUUUAUCUGACAAAUCACCAAAGAACAAAAUGUUGCGACAUAGGUUUUCUCUAACUACAUGACGGAAAGUGGGUGGUCCUACCCUAGAACCAGCGGUGGCACCAUUGAGUGGCACGGACGCGACACAGGUGCCAGCUGAAAUUCUUGUUUUAGAGAUUGUUAGCUAGGUUUUAGCAAUACUUAAAUAUGGUAUUAAUCUAACAGAGAUUACACAGGGACCAGCAUUGAAGCCAGUUAGUUCGUCGUCAUCAUGGUGUGUGCCAGAGUGCUCCAGCUGUUGGCGUUAGCUUGCCUUGGCUCUGCUCUACCUGCCAGAGUUGAAGCCGACUACUAUUUGAUGGUAGUCCCGCAGUCUCCAGUGCUAGAGAUGGGGACCAACUUCACGGCUACCUGCGUGAUCAUCAACACGUCGGAAGUUACAGCAGAUGACCUUUACUGGACUCUUGCCGGGACAACUGUACCCAAAGAACAGUACACCAAGAUCAACGGAUCAGCUCUCAAUGUCACUGUCCCCAUCACCAGUGAAAAGACUGAAUGGUUAAUGUGUAAAUGCAAAAAGAAAAACACCCUCUUUUUCAUCCACAACGAAGGCAAAUUAAUUCAUGGGAUCGACCUUAAAAAAGGCUAUGUUCCGGAGAAGCCUGAGAAUCUGUCCUGUGUGGCAGUUCAGCAGAAACAGUACAUCUCUACAAAUUUCAGCUGUGAGUGGCAAACAGUAGGACGUCAGACUGCUACAGUCCCUACAUCAUAUAUUCUGUAUACUGCAGUCCUCCCAGGGAGCGGGCAGCCCUAUAAAGAGCCAACACAAAAAAACAAUACCCAAGUGAAGUUAGGGGACACUUUCCCCCAUUAUAUGACGCUGGAGGUCUGGGUGGAAGCACACAAUAAACUGGGAAAAAUAGAAUCUGAGCAUCUGAAAGAAGAUUCCGGAUGGUUUGUGAAAACCGACCCUCCUUCGGACGUCAAAGUCUUUUCAGAGAACAGUUUUCCCACUUCCCUUCUGAUAAACUGGACUCAUCUUAUUCCUACAAUACGUCUGAAAUUAACCUAUCGAAUAAGAUACCGCCAGAAUGGGACUCAAAAUUGGACUGAUGUACCUCUCGGGGACACUGCAUCGAACAUAAAGUCCUUCAGACUCCAGGACCUUCAGCCAUACCAAGAGUAUGAAAUCCAGGUGUCCUGCAAAAAUUCCAGGGAGGGUCAUGGUUACUGGAGCGACUGGAGUACCAUUGUUACCAAGAGAACACCAGAGGCCCGACCAACAAGUAAACCAGAUCUAUGGAGAGUCAUUGCUGAGGGUGACCGCAAAAAUGAACGACGAGUGAAGUUUAUUUGUAAGGAUCCUGUGCUUGCCAACGGGAGGAUAGUAAGCUUCGACGUAAAGAUUCAAGACCCAAAGGAUAAAGUCAGGAACGGAAGUUUGGAGUGGAAGAAUAUACCCAGAUCCAGCCAGGGGAAGAUCACUGAUCUCAAACAGAUUGACCUGGCUGACCAGAAAUCUGUCAGAGUGUACAUCAACGCUACCAAUUCUGUGGGGAAAUCUGAUGAGGCAUCGUUAUUCAUCUUGGCGAAAGCACGCGAGUCAGAGCUCGCUCCGGUUGAAGAGCUGAAGGUGUUUCCCCACAGGGGCCAACUGUGGCUGGAAUGGAAACCCCCCAACAGUACAAAGUUGGUGUCUGAGUAUGUGGUGGAGUGGUGGGUCGAAGGUGCUCAGAUAGACUGGCAGAAGGAGAAGAGAAAUACCACACGCACUGCCAUUAAAGGCCACCUUGACAAGUUUGUUUGCUACAACGUAUCGGUGUAUCCAAUAUACAAUGGAUGGAUUGGGAAGCCCGCAAGAAAAGAAGCCUAUCUGGAGCAAGGAGCUCCGUUGGAAGCCCCCAUUGUCAGAUUGCACAAAGCAGGACGUAACCAGGCCACGCUGAACUGGACGGAGAUUUCCCGAGGCAGUCGUCGAGGCUUCAUCACAAACUACACCAUCUUCUACACAAGUGGAACUGAAGUACACAACAUAACCGUGCCAGCUAACACCGCCUCGUACACUCUGACGUCAUUGUCCGGCAACACCAAGUAUGACACUUGGAUCAAGGCUUCAACCAUCGGAGGCUCAAAGAUCAGCUUUAAUCACUCAUUCACCACUCUGAGAUAUGCCCAAGGAGAGAUGGAGUUAAUUGUGGUCGGAGUGAGCCUGGGCUUUCUGUUUAUUGUUGUCAUGACCAUGCUGCUCUGUGUCUACAAAAAAGAUGUGCUCAAGGAGAACUUUUGGCCUCAGAUUCCAGACCCUGGAGAGAGCACCAUCGGAAACUGGUCGCCUGAUUAUCCUUUGAAAGCAGAGACACCGAGGGAGAACGGUCUGUUGGGCAUCAGCGUGCUGGACGUGGACGUGUGUGACGGGAAGUGUGUGUUCGAGGAGGACAAGGCCAGUCUGUCUCUGAAGAAGGGCAAGUAUCUGUCGGAGGAGCACAGCAGCGGCAUCGGUGGCUCCUCCUGCAUGUCCUCGCCGCGCCAGAGCGUGUCCGACAGCGACGAGGGCGGAGACAUGGCCGACACCACGGCCAGCACCGUCCAGUACUCCUCGGUGGUGCCGGCAGCCCCCAGCGGCUACAAGGGUCAGACCCCCAACUCCCAGCCCCAGCAGGCUCUUUUCUCUCGGUCCGAGUCCACGCAGCCCCUGCUGGACUGCGAGGAGAACCCGGACGUGUUGCAGCAGGAGGGCAGCAGACAGUCCCAGCGUUCCCCCCCCCGACCGCCCCGCUGCACAGACGGCGCCGACCCCGCUGGCAUCGCGGAGCAGCAGGAGCUGCUGGAGCCUCUGGACUUCUGUCCGCUGGGAGAGGACUCUGAGCAGGCGACGCCUGUGGACGGCCAGGCUGCUGACUGGCUGCCGGCGCCGCCGCCGCUCUCCAGCUACAUGCCCCAGCUGGGGGGCUACAGGCCACAGUAACAAUACAUGUCACCCACGGCAACGGUUCUGUGCCUUUUUUGUUUAAAGUCUCUGAACAGCCACACAGGUGUUUUCAGUUCUUCUGGCUGAUGUGCUCAUGUUGAAUGUGGGCCACAGCUUAGAAGGGACUUCUUAGGUCUAGGGAUGUCCCGAUCACAGUAUGGGAUGGGAGCCGAUUUUGGCAUUUUUUAACUGAUCGGGGAGCGGCAUUUACCGUGAUUACCUUACUCCGAUCAUGUACAUCUGCUUGUAGGGGUUGCUGCCUUUAACCACACACGCCCUGCGCCACAAACGCACCACCAGACUGCCUGGAUGGCGGCACUUUCAGACCAACAUGGCGCGGCCAAUCACCAGUGUCUGUCCAAAGAGAGUCUCGUAGCUCGCCAUCUCUUGGAAACAAUUAAAAAAAGUGUUUCUUAGUCACCCGUUCCUUACACAAGCGGAUUACUCUAAUUCUCCACCCUUAUUCCGUGACUAUUACAGGGGCGCUAUGCAGUUUUGCCAAUUUCUUCGCUGUUUUCUCUCUUUUUGCUCGCAGGUUUCUCUAUAGAGCUCCCCCUACAGCUUCAGAAUAGAUAUUUGGCAAUGCUGUUGUAGAAAGUCAUUGGUGACUCUGAAAACGCAGCUCCUAUGUUUCCUUGUGUCUGACUCCUCUCUCGGUCAGUCUGCCGUUUCCUCUUUCUCUGUUCCUCUGACAAUGCUUUCCUAGCUUUC